UCGGCCGUCUUUUAGAGGCCCUCUUCAGGAUGAAACAUUAAAAAACAGUUCUAUCUUUUGAAGGAUUCUAAUAAUCGAAUACAGCUGUGUUCCGAACUUUUAAAUAUUUAAACGAUGCGUAAGAUAUAAAAAUCGUUACGCUUACAAGACAAAAAGGACUAUCUUCGAUGGAAGGCGUUGAUGGCAGUUGAAAGUUACAGGCCGGAACCCGAAGUACACAAGUUCUGGAGUUACGUCAAACGCAGUAAGAAAUGGCUCCAAUCUAAUAACAUCACAAUGGUCAAGUCUGACAAAAGCAAGGCAGUCGUCAUCAUGCUAAGGGCAACAUAUGUCAGCGCAUUACAUCAAUAUAUAGUUGACACACAAUGUCAACCAGCUGACACCUCAUACACAACGAGGCUGCAAAGUCGUGUCGGUAGAUUCACGCGCACUGGCCUUGCCACAAUCUUAGGCCUUCAAAAUGCGGUAGUUAGCUCCCCUGACACCCCCCGCCUUUUCGCUUUUGCCAAAACACACAAACCCGGGCAUAAAUUAAGACCUGUGAUCGAUAAAGCCAGAUCUCCCACUUUCAUAUUGGAGAAACGUAUACAUCACUUAUUGCAAAAUCAUCUUAACUCAUACGGCUUGACUGUGUCCGAUUCCAACGCACUACUCGCCAAACUCCACAAGUUAAAGUUAAAUGGGAACGAAUAUCUUACUGUAUUCGAUUUUGUAUCGAUGUUCCCUUCCAUUCGAUUGGAACCAUGUUUUUGUGAGCUAAGGGAUUUCUUUCUCACUACAACAACUGACAGCCAGAGAUUCCAUUCACAAAUACUAGAGCUUACACAUCUAAUCUGCUAUUCCUCCUUUUUUUACUUUGAUGGUCAAACGUACAUCCAAAAAAGAGGCGUACCAAUGGGUAGCCCAGUCUCUGGGGAUCUAUGCGAACUCGUCGUACGAAAAUUAGAAGAAAAGGUCUUACUAAGCUUUCAAUCCAAUAUCCUUAGCUACAUGCGGUAUGUGGAUGAUAUUUUGAUUAUUUGGAAAACCAAACCUGAUAUAGAGAAAGUGUUAGAAGCCUUUAACAAAAACGCCUACGGCUUAACUCUAAAGUUAGACCAAGAAAGUCGCACAGAAGUUAACUACUUAGAUGUCCAGAUUAACACAGCGAAUAAUAAUAUAACCACGACCAUUUACCGCAAACCAACAUACUGUCCUCUCUUUAUACCUCGUAACUCAGCGGACCCGUGGACGUAUAAGGUAUCAGCUUUUAGGGCCCUAGUCUCAAGGGCUUAUUCCCACUGCUCUGAAACUUCCGAUACUUACAGAGAACUGAAAAACAUCAAACGUACAGCAUCGACACAUGGGUUCCAACAGUCAUUAAUAGACAGGCUUUCUACCAUGCAGCAAUCUACAAUAACUACCACCAACACGGGGACUAUUGAUACACAGCAAAAACGGGUGAUUGUACCUUACGAACCAUCCCUUCAUCGAAUUUUUAGUAAAAUCGCUAAGGAAGUGAAUGUGCGCUUAACAUAUAAGAGAAAGCAGAAUAUUUUCCGACUUUUAUCUAAUGCUAAGGACAAGUCCGAUGACAAAAAAGCGCCGGGGGUGUACCGUAUACCUUUGAAUGACGAACGUUUCAAUCGUCGGAUAACAUACAUUGGAUCCACAUACAGAUCCCUGGAGGCUAGGAUACGGGACCACAAAUAUGAUGUGUCGAAGCAGAAGUAUAAUACGGCUCUAGCACGGUAUGCUACCGAGCCCGGGGUUUCCCCAUGUUGGGAUGAGGCUACUCUUUUACAUAGGGCCUUUGACCGACACGACUUACGCUCGUUGGAGGCUAUUGAGAUUUAUAGAGAAACCAUAAAGGGAAGCUGCAUUAACUCCGAUUAUAUUCCGAUUCCACAAUCGUGGAAAUAUUAUUUACAUUGCCACAAGGCACAACAAUAAUCGGAAGUUUAAUUAUUUUUAAUCUUUCUGCUAUGUAUAAGAAAUCAGAGCGUUUACAUCACGCUAAUUUUCACAACUAUUUAAUAAUAUUUAAUGUAUAGCAGUGUUUACAUAGCGCUAAUUUUCACAACUCUACAAUAAUAAUUUAUGUAUAGCGUUAUUUUAAAAUAAUUUUUUGUCUUGUAAGCGUAACGAUUUUUAUAUCUUACGCAUCGUUUAAAUAUUUAAAAGUUCGGAACACAGCUGUAUUCGAUUAUUAGAAUCCUUCAAAAGAUAGAACUGUUUUUUAAUGUUUCAUCCUGAAGAGGGCCUCUAAAAGACGGCCGAAAACGUUAGAAUAUUAAAAUCUUUUGACUGCUGGAAGUAGUAUUGAGGUGUUAAGUGUUGUGUGUAGUAUAUCUUUCCAGUUUACGUGUGUUAAUUUUUUGUCCAAAUUAGUCUAGAAUUGAUUAAUUUUAUGGAAGAAAACCUUUCAAACAACCAUAGCUGCUAAACUGCACACAUGCCUGCUAUGAUUGGCUUAUGUAUUUAAGUGACUCAUACAACACAGAAUUCAUAUAACACAGAACAUAUCUACCGUAUUAUAGGGGGGUCUACUGUACUAAGCUUCAUAUUUCAUAAGUAAGGACUGAAACUUUAUGCAUUUGCAUAGUAGCAUAUGUAAAAUGUAUACUGUAUUUACUUGCA